AUGCAGGAUGGUAUCGUGCAGAUGUUCAGCUUCUUCUGGCGCCCGAUGUUCGUGCCGCUGAUGGCGACUGGUGUGGUGUACGGCUACGUGUUCGGCACCUACCUGAUAACGAUUGUGGACCACGCGGAGGGCGUGGCGCAUGCCAGCAACGACGACGGCGCCAUACUGAUCUCGGCCAUGGCCUUUGGCGACUUCUUGAGCCGAAUCGGCACGGGCUACAUCACCGACCGCCACUGCAUCAGCCGCGAGUGGAUGCUUAUCAUCAACUUUACCUUGCAGGGCGUAUGCUACUUGCUGCUAGCUCACUUGCACACAGUGGCGAGCAUGGCAGUGGUGGCGCUGGUGUUCGGCCUGAAUAACGGUGGCACGAUAGCGUCGAUGCCAGUGCUGCUGGCCGACCACCUGGGCGACGACCAUCUGCCGCUCACGUUUGGUAUGCACCGGCUCUCCAUGGGAGUGGCAUCGCUCUCCAGGCCAUUGCUCAUCGGAUACUUCAAGGACAAGCACGACUCGUACAACGGCCUCUUCUAUCUGGUGGCGGCCGCUUGUGUUCUCGUGGCGAUCUUGUGGUGCAUCAUCGUGAUGGCCGACUCCAUCAAGGGGCUCAUUCUAGGGAGGCCCAUCCACGCAGACGCUCUCGCCAUACCCGCCUGA